AUGGUGUUUGGACCUCGAGAACGCCCUAUGGAGAGCCUGGAUCUAGAUGCAAGCCGACGCAAAUCAGUGUCCGCAAAUGACCGUGAUUACGAAGAGCACAGAUACACAAAGGAGCUGAUGAAGUACAUUGCAGAAUCCACGGCCAGCUUGAGCGCCAGUGAUGCAGAGCCGCUGAGCGAAUCGAAUUCGGACAAUUCUGAUGAACCAUGGCCCGACAUUUUCGACUGUGCCUCGGAUGAGGAAGACGACUACGUCGAGCCUCCAGUGGAAGUCCCGCGCACUUAUCGAGCACAAGACCUCCAUGGAGGUAUGCUCGUGGGCGGCAAUUGCGUUUUAUUCACAAGCUGGGCAUUCAAGCGUCAAUUGCAUUGCAGGAGAAGCCUUCCGCCCAUCCCAGAGCGCAGAGACGCUGGCGAAUAUGAGCUACAUGUACCUUCGAGCGAAGGAGCCCAAACAAAGGGAGUGUAUUCUGGCAAAAUUGUUGAGCUGUAG